AUGGCGGACUACGGCAAUCAACAGGGGAGAGAAUACGCGCGCCCGCCGAACUAUGGCCACCCCACGGGAGCGAGGGACGCCGCCUUCGCCAACAUCUUCGGUGCCAGCCCGGCCAUGGCAGGACGCUCGCAGACCAUGACAUCGCAGACGCCCAUGCGGGCGCCGGACCGCGCCGCCACAAUGUCAACACAGACGGCGGAUAUGAUGCAGCGCGCACCGCCAAUCCGGCAACCGGUAAACGGUUAUGAUCGGCGGCCUCCUAUGCCCUUCGACCAGCGUGGUCCCAGCAGCUACGACCCACAGCGCCCUCAGAGCUACGACCAGUCUCCAGACAACUUCAACCGCGCCCCGCCGAACGGGUACCCUCCGAGCCAGCGACUUCCGGAUGGGGUCCCCCCGCCUCAAGCCCAACGCCAGCCGCAGCCGCAGUAUCUUCCCAGACCACUUCGACCAGAGCGCCAACCGUAUGGCCAGCCCCAGCGCUUCGAUUCUCGCACUUCUCCUCCCGGCCAGCCCCCAUUCAACAAGCCAAUCCCUCAGCGUUAUCCUGGUGGGCCAGGACCGGCCAUGAAUUCAGACUCUUAUCGUUCGCAGUCCAUGGCUGUUGGGCCGCGCCCUCAAUUCAAUCCGCCAGGCUCAGGCUACAUGUCGCCAGCCAACACCUUCCGGCAACAACCGUACAUGAACCACAUGGCUAGGACCACAGCACAGGGUCGAGUGGUUCCGGAACGGCCGGACGAACGCACAAUGUCAAUGAGCUCCUACACGCGGGACAGCGAAUACGCGCAGACAAUGAGCGGAAGAGUUAUACCAAACCGGAGAAGAGAGUCAGGAGGCGCGGAAAUCUCGCCGCUGGAACAGCAGGUGCCGGCUGGAUCACCUCCGCCUGUGAACGUUGGGCCGGGCAGUAAAACGAGGAAUACGAGCCAGGGCAGCAUACCUCAAUCAUCGCGGACCAUGUCUAUGGCAUCUACAAUCGUUGCGCCGUCGGAACGUACCGAUACUAUGAGUUCUACGGUUACCCGACCCAGCUCGACGCAAACUGUAACCAGCAACAACCGGGGGUCUGGCCAGUCUCAGCAAGGGCAGGCCAUGAUUGUCUCCCAGCGCAGGUCUCCUCUCGUCUAUCCGGCGCUUCUCUCGCGCGUGGCGGAGGUGUUCAAGGACCGAAUAGGACUAGCGGAGAAAGAAAAGGAUGGGUUGGUGUACAAGAGCGCUUUCACGGGGGCUGAGGCGGUGGACCUCAUAGCAUACAUCAUCAAGACAACGGAUCGCAAUUUGGCGCUACUCUUGGGCCGGUCCUUAGACGCGCAGAAAUUUUUCCACGAUGUUACGUACGCGCACAGGCUGCGUGAUUCGACCAACGAAAUCUAUCAGUUCCGAGAGACGAUGAUGGAGGAGGCCGCUGAGGUUAAUGGUGUCUUCACGCUAUUGACAGAGUGCUACUCGCCAACAUGCACUCGCGACCGCUUAUGCUACUCCAUCGCCUGCCCUCGCCGCCUGGAGCAGCAAGCCCGCUUGAACAUGAGGCCUCAGCCCGGCCUCAAACGAGAAGAGUCACGGGCGAGCUUGCACGAUGAUGCGGAUGAAGAGCAGAAGCUCUGGAUCAACACCGUCUCUAAGGAGGUCGCAGAGAGCGUGUCCGACAAGGAGAAGAAGCGACAGGAGGUCAUCUCCGAACUGAUGUAUACGGAGCGUGAUUUCGUGAAAGAUUUGGAAUAUCUCAGGGAUUUCUGGAUGAAGCCUCUACGAAAUCCCGCCACGUCGCCCAUUCCAGAGCACCGCCGUGAGAAAUUUGUCCGGACGGUCUUUUCCAACUGCCAGGAGGUCUACAUGGUCAACUCAAGACUCGCGGAGUCUCUCACUCGACGCCAGCAAAAAGACCCCGUUGUCCACAACGUUGGCGAUAUCUUCCUGGAAUACGUGCCGCACUUUGCUCCUUUCAUCAAGUAUGGUGCCAAUCAACUCUUUGGCAAGUAUGAGUUCGAGCAUGAGAAGCGCACGAACCCCGCAUUCUCGCGAUUCGUCGAUGAAGUUGAGAGGAUGAAGGAGUCAAGAAAGCUUGAACUCAAUGGUUAUCUCACCAAGCCCACCACGAGGCUAGCCAGGUAUCCAUUGCUGCUGGAGAAUAUCGCCAAAUAUACAGCCGACGAAAACCCCGAUAGGACAGAUAUUCCAAAGGCCAUCAAGAUCAUCAAAGACACAUUGUCAAAGGUCAACGUGGAGUCCGGGAAAGCAGAAAACCACUUCAACCUCAUGCAGCUUAACCGGGAUCUUAAGUUCCGCCCUGGCGAGUUUGUCGACCUGAAGCUGACGGAUGAGAACCGCCAAUUAGUGUUCAAGGGUACCUUGAAAAAGACUCCCACCGAAACUACCGGAGAUAUCACCUGCUACCUCUUCGACCAUGCAGUCCUUCUCGUCCGAGUCAAAACCGUCAACAAACGCGAAGAACAGAAGGUGUACAAGAAGCCUAUCCCGCUAGAGCUCCUCGUUAUCACACAAAUGGAAGAAAUCAUUCCCAAAAUGGGCAUCUCCAAACGGCCCUCCGCCAACUUGAUGGGCGCGAGGGCGAUAGCCGCCGCCACGCCGAAGGGGGAUGCCGCAAAGCAGCAAGGCUUUCCAAUCACCUUCAAACAUCUCGGAAAGGGCGGCUACGAGCUAACUCUCUAUGCAAGCACCCAGAUCUCGCAGCAGAAAUGGAUAGAGCACAUCGACUCGCAGCAGAGGAACCUGAGGGAGCGGAGCAACAUCUUUACGCAAACUAUUGUUAACGAAGGAUUCUUCACCGCCGCAAUCAGGGUAACAUGCGCGGUUCCGCUGGAUGGUGGGCGCAAAAUUGCCUAUGGCACGGAGGCUGGAAUCUACGUUGGCGACCGCAAACCAAAGGACUCCUCCCAGAAGCCACGUCGUGUCUUGGACUGCAAGGCGGUCACGCAGAUUGAUGUACUUGAGCAACAUCAGAUCGUCCUUGUUCUGGCGGAUAAGACGCUCUAUUCCUACUCGAUCGAAGCUCUAGACCCCGAUGAGACUCAGGCGAUCGUCAAGCGGCCUAGGAAGAUUUGCCACGCCAACUUCUUCAAAGCCGGCAUCUGUCUCGGACAGCAACUCGUCGCCUCCGUCAAAACUUCCGCUCUAUCCACGACUAUUAAGGUCUUCGAACCUAAGGAGAACAUGGCCAGCAAGUCGAGGAAAUCCGGGUUUGCCAAGAUGCUUUCAACUGGGCAAGAUCAGCUCAAGCCUUACAAGGAGUUCUACAUCCCGACGGAAUCGACAUCGAUCCAUUUCCUGCGCUCAAAACUAUGCGUUGGCUGUGCACGCGGCUUCGAAGUCGUCAGUCUUGAGACGCUAGAAACACAAUCACUUCUCGAUCAAGCCGAUACCUCACUUGACUUCGUCGUGCGGAAAGAGAACAUCAAGCCAAUUCAUAUUGAGCGUCUGGCAAGCGAAUUCCUACUAUGCUACACCGACUAUUCCUUCUUUGUUAAUCGCAACGGUUGGCGUGCUCGACCGGAUUGGAGGAUCACAUGGGAAGGCAAUCCGCAAGCAUUCGCGAUAUUCCAUCCCUACAUCCUUGCUUUCGAGCCAAGUUUCAUUGAGAUCAGACAUAUGGAAAGCGGAGGUCUGGUCCACAUUGUCACCGCGAAGAACAUCAGAUGGUUGCACACAUCAACAAGAGAGAUUCUUUACGCGUACGAGGAUGAGCUGGGUCUCGAUGUCGUUUCAAGCUUGGACUUCUGGCAGACUGCACAGGGACACAAGCUGGUCCUUGAGAACAAUCGGUCCUAUGAGAAGAGCUGA